UCUUUCUCCCCUCUUACGUUUCCUCCGAUUCCUGUUCGUUUCUACUUUCUACUGCGUGCUCUGCCUCUCUCCAUCGACGCUCUUCUCUGUUUCUCUCGACGCGGUUGACGGUAAAGGUAUCUCCUUUCGCGUCGGAACGCCCUGAACCUUCGAUCCUCGAGCAUGCAUUGAUGAUGGUCGUCGUCCUUUCGUUUCGACCCGUGACUCGUGUGCUCGGUUGCAUUCCUUCCAUUUGCUCGAUGUCUGGUUGUUCCCUGUCGUUCUUGCUGUUGCGGAUUGAAAUUCGGUGUUUUGCUUCUUGGGUCUGUUUUCAUUUUCCCAUUUGUUGAUUUGCUCGCAAGGUUGUGGGAAUUGAUUCGGCCCUCCACCGGUAAUCUGUAUAUUUUUAGCUGGGGAAGUUUCUUAUGUGGUGGUUCUGUGUUAUAUAAGUUGUAAUCUUUCGGCCAUUUGGGUACCAUUUGUCCCUUAACAUCGAUGGUUUUGCUCAUAUUUGAAAUGCAGAUAUCUUCUUAUGUUCGUUUCCUGUUAGUCAUGUUUAGCCAAUUGAAUUGCCUUUCCAUUCCUGAUUUUAUGUUAAUUUUGGAGCAUUGUUUCUUGAAGCUGGCAAUUGUUUUGUCUGAUCUUCUUUCAUGGAUCUCAGAAUUCGACUGCUCGUUUGCUAUAAAUAUCGGUUCCUUGUACUCUGGACCAGUCCAAUGAGACAGUAUUAAGAGUCUCGAUUUGUGGUGGCAAUUCCCGAUCAUAAGAUAUAUAGACCUCACUCGCUGGCAUCUAUUUGAGAGAUUCUUCUUUUUAUAUCAUUUGAAAUCAUGAAACAUACUAUUGCUGCUGUAGUACCUUACAAAUCUGUAAGAGGUUUGGUGGAUGUCAGAUCCUGUUUUGAAUUUUGCUGACUUUAUGUUGGUCAUCUAUCAGGUUGCUAGCACGAAGACAUAGAGCAGAAUAUUGGGUUUGAGAAACCUUACCCAUCACAUCAUGGUGGUGGACUGGACAAGGGCUUGACUGGCUCGUGGUGAUCAUGAUUAUAUGAUAUCAGGAAUAAGGGACUUUUGUAACCAAAGGGAAUUAUAUAGUUGAUUGUAUGGUAAAUGAAAAUGACUGGGAGAAAGAACACUGGAAGCGCUUCAGUGCCACUGCUGGUUCUGUUGUCGCUUGGGUUUUGCUUUGCUACAUACAAUCUUCUAACUAUAUUAAUGCGCAAUAUAGCAAUCAUGAGAUCGGUGGUGGAUGAUUCGAACAGGAAACUAUUAUCCGAUCCCAUUCUUGAGAUGCGUGAUAAUAUGCAGAAGCAGAAAACCUCAGGAUCACCUUUUCACGUUGCUCUUACAGCUACAGAUGCUCCAUAUAGCAAAUGGCAGAGUCGCAUUAUGUACUACUGGUAUAAGAAGAAGAAAGACCUGCCUGGCUCCGAGAUGGGGGGAUUCACUCGGAUUUUGCAUUCAGGAAAUCCCGACAACUUGAUGGAUGAGAUUCCUACUAUUGUUGUGGAUUCUCUACCUGCAGGCUUGGAUAGAGGAUACAUUGUAUUAAAUAGACCAUGGGCCUUUGUACAAUGGUUGGAGAAGGCUACAAUUGAGGAAGAAUAUAUUCUAAUGGCAGAACCUGAUCAUAUAUUUGUAAAUCCUCUACCUAAUUUGGCUGAUGGAGGAUAUCCUGCUGCUUUCCCUUUUUUCUACAUAAAACCUGCAGAGAAUGAGAAUAUCAUCCGGAAGUUUUUCCCUGAGGAGAAUGGCCCUGUGACCAAGGUUGACCCUAUUGGGAACUCUCCUGUAAUCAUUAAGAAGGAUCUGCUAGAGAAGAUUGCUCCUACAUGGAUGAAUGUUUCUCUAAGAAUGAAGGAUGAUUCCGAAACUGAUAAAGCAUUUGGAUGGGUACUGGAAAUGUAUGCUUAUGCCGUAGCAUCUGCUUUGCAUGGUGUUAAGCAUAUCCUCAGGAAAGACUUUAUGCUGCAGCCUCCAUGGGAUUUUCAAACUGGAAAGAGGUUUAUCCUCCACUAUACUUAUGGAUGUGACUACAACUUAAAGGGUGAGCUAACAUACGGCAAAAUUGGAGAGUGGCGAUUUGACAAGAGAUCAUACUUACGUGGUCCUCCACCUAGAAAUCUUUCCUUGCCUCCUCCAGGGGUUCCUGAAAGUGUAGUAAGUUACUCUUGUGAAGAUGGUAAAUGAAGCUACUGCAAACAUUCCCAACUGGGAUACAGAGUAAAAACUACACGUGCAAUUAAGGAUAACUCGAAGCAACCUAUGAUUUGGAAUAAAAUUAUUGUUUUCAGUCUUAACUGUGUUAUUUUCAGAAAUAGAGCGCAUAAAUCUUAGCUUAGACUUUUAGAUAGAGGUCGACCUAAAGAGAAACUUUUACAUAUAGGAUUGGAAUGCAAGUUUGAAAGUCGCCACUUUCCGGACGCUUUCCUUUGGUUGUAAAAGGGCCUAGAAAUACUGUAGAUAGAGAUCCGCUUCCUAAGAUGGCCUAGUGUACAACCCUACAUUGCUCAACUCGCAACGAGAUCUCUUACGAAUAAGGGAAAUAGACCUCUGCAUUUCAAAUUGCAAAUAUAUA